GAGCGUCUCCAGGAGAGUAUCGCCAGAAACCAACCUGGAUAUGAACGUGAGCUCCUCAAAUGAAUCUUCAGACAGUAUCCGAGGACAGCGAAGCUACAGAUAAACAGCGUUUUCUCGUGUUGUCUCUGCUGCGAGUUGAGCUGAGCUCCUCGGACUGUAGUUGAGUUUUUCUACAGUCUGAGACCUGGUUGAUAUAUCUGGGCUUGUUCCUGAUCUGCUGUCCCGGAGGAACUCAGGCUGCUGUAUGGACACUCGGCCGCCGCGCUGCUGCUGGGUUUGACCUCGAUCACUACAGGGAUGUCUGAGGUAGAGGUUGGUGUCCCUCUCUCCCCCACUCCUUCUCUCAUCGAGGUGAGAGCAGAAACAAGUUUGGUGCUGAAGAGUUUCCUUCGGAAAGCUCUUUCAAUUCCCCCUGCAGACCGGCCUGGACGGGUUGGGGGAGCAUAUAAAGACCCCAACAUAUUCAGGGCGUUGGUAAAAGAGAAGAAGAAAAAAGAAGAAAGUGGGUGGGACUCUCUGGAUGAACAGAUCAGUGCAGCGGAGGAGAAGAAACACGGGAUAAAAAACCUGAUAAAGAGGCGAUUAAGGCCACAUCCCCUGAAAAAAGACCACAAUGCUGAUCAGUCACAUCACGGCCAUGCGCAAAAGGGUACUCUGGAGAGGAAGUCGGGGCAGGAGAAAGGGGUUCCGUCCAAGAACGGCAGCGUUACUAUUAAGUCACUCAAUGAGUAUGAAAAAUCUUCUGCAUCUGAAGAGGAAACUGACCGAAAAACAGGCGAGAAAAAGAAAAAGAAGAACAAAAAAAAACUGACUGAGAUUUUUAGAAAAAAGAGCACAAAGAAAGAAGAUGUUCGUCCUAUGCGGCCGGCCACACUUCCCAUCGACAAGAACCAAGACCCUGCUCAACCUGUACUGUCACCAUCCCAUCCUCCUGAGUUCUACGAUGGAGUGGCCCACAGGUUGGACAAAAUCGCGCAGCACAGUGUCAGGAGGAAAUCCCCUGUUAAACCAGAACCCAUCCAGCCCAAAGAACAGGAUAAGGUUCAAGCUCUUGUUCAGUUGCUGAUGGCAGAAGGAGAUGCCAUCAAUGAGAAGAUUAACGCUAACCCGCUUCUGCGAGCCUCACUCAACCGUCUCUCCUACGCAUCCUUUGCAAAGCUGCUGGACACAUGUGCGAGUGAAUCCGUAGACCCGCCCCUUCCCGCUCCGGUAAGCCCCACCCUCCGGCGUGUGGCUAUUACUAUGGAGGUGACCCGGCGGGUGGUCACGGCGACCGGGGUUCCGCAGCGAGUGGAGGGAUACGCUGAGCGCUACAUGGAGAACUUCGUCCCCUGGGUGAAGAGCCAUGGAGGAUGGGAGAGUAUUCAGAUGGAGGCUCCAGAGUACGACUAACCGCCUGUUCUAUAACUGUUCUGCAGAAGUGGAGUACUCUAUCUCACUUGAAUAUGAACUUUGCACUAUGAACUGUGACGAGGUGGAGAGCAAAACGAUCAGAACACCUACACUGCUGAUGAUAACUGUCAGUUUUCUACUGUUGUAUUUAUAUUUUUAAAAUGCUGAUACAGUUUUAUUUUUUCAAAACUGUCAUUUUUUAUAUAAAAAAAAAGUUAUAUCUAAGGAAAA